AUGGCGUACUCACCAUCUGACAGUUCGGGGCGGCGCAACAGCUCCAUCAGUCCAGUGAUUAGCAACUUCGUGCUGACACCCGAGGAGCUGCACGAUGACCUCCGCUUGCCAUCGACGUUCCUCGUGGCCGCCGGUCGCCGCUUCGUCACCGAAGAAAUUGAGCAGGUGGUCAAGCUGUAUGCGCACGUGCCGGACCAGAAAGACGCCAAUUACCUGGACAACUACCUGCACUUGACCCGAAUAACCGCACAGUAUAUGGUGAGCCUACUGCUGGACACCAGCGCUAACACGAGCAGGUUCUUCAUGCCGCCAUUCAGGAUGGAAAUGCCGCACCUGAUCACCGUGUACAACACCGUUCACCUCGGUCUGGACAGCGUCAUGCCUCCGAUCGACAAGUCUUUCUCGCUCAAUUAUGCCGUCAUCGGACACAGCGUCGUACAGCAAGCAGGCCAAUUGUUCCUGCAUGGUCCAGACAUCUUCAACGAAACGGGCUUCUAUGACAGGGUGUGGACUUCCGGCUACAUCAAUGCGCUGAGGAGGAGGUACCAGUGCCUGAGGAAAAUGCACGUGGAGCAGAGGUGGAUCGACAACAAUGUACCAAGGCGCGUCUUGGAGGCUGUUGUCACUGCAGAGAUUCUGUUCAAUGCUUAUAAAGUGAGCAAGGAUUCUAUGAACUAG